AUGACCGGCACCCGCUUUGCCGAAAGCUCUCAGACUGAGUUCAAAGACUUAUCUGUACCACGACAGUCGACUUAUGACGCGAGCAUCGCUCCCUUCAUCUCGACUUCGAAGGAAAGCUCUUCGUUCUGUUACAUCGAGCGCAUUCCGCCCGAGAUCCUCGCCAAAAUCUUCUUGCUCGCGAAUGGCCAACAGGGCAUAACCAUCCAUGACGACCCCAACCGCGCUUCUGAUGCUCCUAUGAUCUUCUCGUCCGUCGACCGCCUCUGGCAGCAGAUUGCCACUGAGACACCACAACUCUGGACAUACAUUCAUAUCAGUCAUCGCCGACCCAACUUUCUUCUCCAGACCCUCGCUCACAUCGAGCGGUCUGGAGAUUUGCCUCUGGAUAUCACAAUUUGGUGGCGUCCUUCCGACGAGCCUUUAAACAAAUUUCGAGGGAAAAGAGCUGACAAGGCAUCCACUGCAUUGUUUCAUAAGACCGUGAAAACGUGGAGUGGGGUCAUAGAGGAACAACUACAGGCCUUGUUACGCUAUACCGGACGUUGGAGAUCGUUUCAGCUUAUGCUGGACAGCCUUGAGCUUAUGCACACACACUUGACUUGGCUGGUCCCCGUUUCCGCCCCAGGCCUUACCCACUUGUCUCUGGUAUAUGAGAAUAUCGUAAACCAUAUGGAGGAGACGCAUUUGUAUGAACCUGUCGGUCCAUUGUUCACUGGCGGAUCACCCCUAGCAAUCUCCACCGUCAUGGUUCACGGUGUUUCUGUGAAGUUGCUGCCGCAUCCAUGUCGCCACCUGAGAUCUCUUCACCUUGGGCAAAGCGAGGACUGUCCGGUUUAUAGCCCGCCACUUCCAGAGCUCCUUGACUUCAUCAAUGGUAGCUCUCUUCGCGAUCUCCAAUUCACACAGAUUCUCUGCGAGGGUGAAUUCACACCAAACUCCGAUGUAUGGCCUCACGAGGUCGUGCGCCUUCCAUCCUUGGAGAAACUUCACAUCCAGGACGAUUUUACUUUUUGGGUCACGACUUUUCUAGCCCGAACCCACAUUCCAAAUCUGCGUAUCCUGGAGCUUCGACUUGAGAAAGUAUAUGAGUCCUAUGAUGAAUUCGUGGACACAAUGGUCAGACCGUACCCCGAUCUACAGCGUUCGAUGCUACGCUCAGUGCAAGCUCUACAAAUCACCAAUUUACCGUACGAGCGGGACCUUUAUCUGGAUUCCCAGAGUUCUGACAUCCCGAUCUACCACGAGCUCGACAACCUAAGUGUCAUAAUGGUUGAUUGCUCCUCAGGGAGAUGUUGUUAUGAUGCAUUUCCAGAAAGGCUCCUGCGUUUUACCUGCUUUCCAAGUCAGCUCGAUUUCCCUCCAGACCACCAUCCUCGCAUUCCGCUUCCCCGUCUGAGGACGGUCGUUCUUCGCAAUCCCAAUAUCCGCGAGGUCAAAAAUUUAGUAACGGCCAGAAAAGCAGCCGGAGUUCCUAUUCGACGACUCUUUCUACAAAUGAGUCGCAGUAAGUCGAGUGUUCGAGGAAAGAGGUACAUGGCUCUCGAUCCUGCGGAUGUACUUUGGUUCUCGCAGAAUCUCGAGACGUUCGUGGAGCUUUCUUCUGAAGAGGACGAAGAUUACAGAGAGUUCUCAUUGGUGUCACCACCGGCCGAUAUAACGCUGGAGAGGCUGCUGGAGGCGGAUUCGGCAGCGGAGAGGGUGGUUGUGUCGUUCAUGGAUGUGUUUACAAAAUCCUAGUUGAGUCAAUAUUCGUCUGUUUGUUCGGUCGAGCCAUCAGAGUUUGUAUAACUUUGCGUUCUGUACGUUUAAAACGAGAUCUGUCUGAUGUCCUUGUAACAC